CACAGGCACAUAUGGACGGGAUCAGAGAGAGGGGGGUUAAGAGAGAGAAGCACAAAGCCCUGAUAAUGUGGUAGGAGAUUCAUAGAGCAAUGAGGAUGCACACCAUCAACAGCCCAGGCAGGAUAAAGCAAACUGGGGCUCAGUCUUCACCAUGACCUGCAGUGUGUCCGGAGACAACUGGAAACUAAAGGUUUCAGGAUCCAGCUGAAGCUGCACCCAGCCCUCUGCGCAGGAUGGCAGGAGACUCGCGGGUUCAUAUGAACCAGGACAUGGAGAUAGGGGUCACGCCCAGAGAGGUGAAGAAGAUCCCCAAGCAGGCCCGGCAAGAUCUAGCACACAUCUCCACCGACAGAACCCGAGUGUUAGCCGAACCGCCCAAAAAGCCACAGCAGCGUUACGUCCAGAAGGACGGUAAGUGCAACGUGCACCAUGGCAACGUCCACGAGACCUACCGCUACCUGAGCGACCUCUUCACGACCUUGGUGGACCUCAAGUGGAGCUUCAGCCUGCUCAUCUUCACCCUGGUCUACUGCAUCACCUGGCUCUUCUUCGGGCUCAUCUGGUGGCUUAUCGCAUACAUCCGAGGUGACCUAGAGCAUCUGGAGGAGAGUGGCUGGACACCGUGCGUGGAGAACCUCAACAGCUUCGUCUCUGCUUUCCUCUUCUCCAUAGAGACGGAGACUACCAUUGGAUAUGGCUACAGGGUCAUCACCGAGCACUGCCCGGAAGGGAUCAUUCUCCUGUUGAUCCAGGCCAUCUUAGGCUCCAUCGUCAAUGCUCUGAUGGUGGGCUGCAUGUUUGUGAAGAUCUCGCAGCCCAAGAAGAGGGCAGAGACUCUCAUGUUCUCCCACAAGGCGGUCAUCUCGCUCCGUGACGACAAGCUCUGCCUGAUGUUCAGGGUGGGGGACCUGCGGAGCUCUCAUAUCGUGGAGGCUUCCAUCCGGGCCAAGCUGAUCAGGUCCAAGCAGACCAAGGAAGGGGAGUUCAUCCCACUGAACCAGACAGACAUCAAUGUGGGCUUCGACACGGGCGACGACAGGCUCUUCCUGGUGUCUCCUCUCAUCAUCUCCCACGAGAUCAACGAGAAGAGCCCGUUCUGGGAGCUGUCCCGGGCCCAGAUGGAGAAGGAGGAGUUUGAGAUCGUCGCUAUCCUGGAAGGCAUGGUGGAGGCCACAGGUAUGACAUGUCAGGCUCGCAGCUCUUAUCUGCAUACAGAGGUGCUGUGGGGGUAUCGCUUCACCCCCGUGCUCUCUCUAGAGAAGGGAUUCUACGAGGUUGACUACAACAACUUCCACGAAAUCUAUGAGACGCACACGCCCUCCUACAGUGCCAAGGAACUGGCGGGCACUGCCAGCCGGGGCCAGCUCCUGUCAAAGCUUUCCCCCGCGGCCACCGCCGCAGCCCCCCCACCCUGUCCGCUAAACCCCCCCAUCGUGCUCAGAGAAAAGGAAGAGGAUGAAGAGAGGGAGUCCGGGGAAAGCAACGGCUUAGCUGCCACAGUGGGUGUCGUCACGGAAACAACAGAGGCUGAAAAUAUAUUCUUUUAAAACAGGCCUCUUCUCUUGUUGCAUGACAGUACAAAUGUAUUGCUUUAUAAAAUAUACUUUGCAUAUAUUUUAAAAUAGAAUUAAUUAGAAUUUUAAUUGCCUCCAACCAUUCUUCUAGGUUUACAGGGUGUUAGUACAGAGUAGUCGUUUUGACCUUGCAUGCUGCUUUUAGAAGAGGUUCAGCGCCAAUGCCACAUCCAGGAUAACAUGCUUUUAUAACAUGGCAUCUCUCUCGGCAUACAGGCUCCAAUCAGCAGCCAAAAAAACUUGGGAGCUUUUCUAACCUUAAGUAGACAAAAAAUUUCCAAUAUGCCAUUUUGUAAAUUAAUAUUGCUUUAAUGUAAACCACCCUAGCAUUUUGCUUAUGGCUUUGUUUCUCCAAAGUCAAGUAUAUUGCCAGAGUAGCACGAGACUAACUCACAAUGAAUGCUGCAUUAAAAUAAAAGCAAAACAAUUUAAAUAAAAUUUAGCUUGAAAGCAAUGUCUGGUUAAAAUAUACUGUGCUCCAGGCAGUCACAGGAAGGAGUGCGUUUUUACUUGAGCUGACAAACAUGCACAUGCGUUUAAAAGUUUCUAACCAAUUUGUACAGUUUGUGAAUAUCAAAUGGGCAAGAUGUUAGUGCACUAGUGGGGACUGAAUAACUCAUCUGUGGUGCCUGAGCAUUUGGGCUGUCUGUCUCUGUGAUUAAGUGGAUGGAACUUACUGAGCCGUGGUCAGAAUGACUACAGUUGCUGUUUAAUUUAUUAUUCAUGCCAACAGCCUGUAAUCUUUACAUCGAACUGGCUACUCUUUUGUUCUGUGCUUUAGAUAUUACAGGCUGUUUUUUUUUUUAUCAGAUUUUCGUUUUUCAGUCCUUGAAAGUAUCAUUUAUUCUACUUAGUGCUGUUUAUAAUUCUGUGGGAAGCUAGACAAGCACUACAUAGAUAAGAUGGAUAUAUAUUGCACUGUAUGUUAAUCCCAGAUGGGUAAGUUCCAAAAGCACUAUUGCUUGGAGUGCAGGCUAAAUCAUGCAAGCUUGUUUCAAUCCUGUUCACAGCAGAAAACUCAGUGCUGUGGAUCUGAGUGCCAGCGAAUACAAUACUGUAGAGAACUCAGUGCUGUGGAUCUAAGAGCCAUCAUAUACAAUACUGUAGAGAACAGUGCUGUGGAUCUAAGAGCCAUCAAAUACAAUACUGUAGAGAACUCAUUGCUGUGGAUCUAAGAGCCAUAAAAUACAAUAAUGUAGAUAACAGUGCUGUGGAUCUGAGACCCAUCAAAUACAAUACUGUAGAGAACUCUCAGUGCUGUGGAUCUGAGUGCCAUCGAAUACAAUACCAUAGAGAACAGUGCUGUGGAUCUGAGAUCCAGCAAAAACAAUACUGUAGAGAACUCAGUGCUGUGGCUCUAAGAGCCAUCAAAUACAAUACUGUAGAGAACAGUGCUGUGGAUCUGAGUGCCAUCGAAUACAAUACUGUAGAGAACAGUGCUGUGAAUCUGAGAGCCAGCAAAAACAAUACUGUAGAGAAAGUGCAGGAUGUAUGCAGAACUGAGGACUGGAAAUGUAAGAGGCAGUAAAUAGAAUAUGCAGCACUGCAGUGAGGUCAGUAAAGUUCAUUUAAACAGAGCUAAACUGAAAAGAAGUGGCAUUGAUUCAUGUCUGAUUUAUUUGAGUUGAGGUAACCAUUUUAAGCUAUUCAGUUGUGUUCCCAUUUCCCUUUUUUCUCCAGACACAUUUUCACUAUGACACAAACUAACCAUUUUCUCUUCUCUAGUUACAUUGCUCUCACAAAGCGCCAGCGGUAGACUGAGCACACAGAGAGAUGUUCGGUUUUAUUUGUAUAAUACACUGCAAAGCAUCCAGGGUAUUUCCUUCAUACUAGAAGCGGUACAACACAACAUGCUCUUCUGUCUGUGAGCACAACCACUCUGUCCUGCUUGACAUUUACUGCACUGAAAAGAUUUAGAAAUAAAAACGGUCAUAUAAAAUCUCUGUGCGUUUGUGUGUGAUUCAUUUGAUUUGAAAGCACUGGGAAUCUGAGAACCUGCAAAUUCCAAACGAGGCAUAAUUACUUUUAAGUGGUUUUAAUGGGGGAUGAAAAAAAACAUGCAUGCAAAAUGAAUGAAUAUAAAACAUCUAUCCUUUAGAAAUAUAAUAAGAAUACUUGAGAAAAGAACAUUGGGGUAUUACAUUGGGGAAGCCAUUUGAUCAUCUAUUAUACAUUCAGACACUAAAAGCAUCUCCCAUUUUUUUCUGCUCCUAUAAACCCCUCUUUGGUUUUUUUUAAUAGAACCCUACACACUGCUGUACUCUGAUCAAAGCCCCAGUGUUUCAUUAUUCAGGAGACACAAUGAAAUGCCUUUUCAGAAUCCAGCCUUGCAGUCAUCACUGUAGGAUACGCUCAAUGAGCGCGGCGACAGCACAAUUUUAUUAAUGUUUCCUUUAGACUUUCAAUUGUUCUGUUUUUACGAACUGGCUUUCUAUCUUAGUUUUUCAAAUUUUACAAUAAUGGUG